AUGCAGUCUAAGGAAGAGAAGCUUCCCUUUUUCGGAAUGGUCUUCGUAGUGACCGGCGAAACUGAAACACCACGUGAAGACUUAGUUGCCCGAAUUCGCGAACUUGGCGGAAAAGUAACUCUUUCGAUUUCAAAAAACACCACCUAUCUAUUAGCCGGUAAAGAACCAGGACCAUCUAAGAUGAAAAAAGCACUAGAUCUGGGAACCAAGAUCAUAUCUGAAUCUGAUUUCGUUGCCAUAACCAAAGAUUACAUUGUUCAGCCCCAGGAAGUUACACGAGAAGUAACUCAGUUGAGUAAUGAGAAGUGGAUAGAUAAGCACCGGCCACAAAGCAUAUCUGAACUAGGAGGAAAUAGUAGUGCAGCUGAUCAAGUAAAAGUCUUUCUUAUGGCCCUUAAUCGUAAGCCCUUGAUCAUUGCCGGUCCUUCGGGAGUAGGCAAGACUUUAUCUGUCUAUUUAGUCGCUAAAGAGUUAGGCAUUACCUUGAUUGAGUAUAAUGGAGCUGAUUGCCGUAAUAAAGCGGAAAUUGCUAAUCUUUCAGUCUUUUCAGCCCAACAGACUUUAACGGUCAUGGCCGGAAUGCACCGGAAUAAGGUUAUUCUUCUGGAAGAAAUAGAUACGAUGGGGGCCAAUGAUAGGGGCGGACUUAAUGAAAUUCUUACUUUGUUCAAACAAACUAAAGUUCCUAUUAUUAUGACGGUUAAUGAUAAGACCAAUCCUAAAAUCAAAAGCAUUCUGCCUAAGUGUAAAGUUAUUGUUUUUCAAAAAUUAGAUAGCCGGACUAUUAUCAAUACUUUCAAAAAAAUAGUAACUAAAGAAAAGAUAUCUAUUGCAGAUAAUACUUUAGCUCAAAUUGCGGCUGUUUGUGGUGGUGACAUGAGGUAUGCCAUUAAUGCUCUACAAUGUCUCUGUCAAAAAGGAAGUAUCUCUACUGAAGACAUUAAGGCCCUAGGUAAGGAACUAACUACUACUAAUUUGUUUGAUACAACUAGGACUUUAUUCACUCGUAAUACUUCUAUAGACCGAAGAAUGAAAGCUUUCUAUUCCGACACUCUCCUCUCCCUCAUGAUGGUCCAUGAAAACUACCAGGAAAGUCUUAUUAGUCUAUCCAGUGCCGCCAAUACGGCCGAUAGUUUAAGUCAGGCCGAAAUCCUCUCCUCACAAGUCUUCUACCAAGGCGAGAAGAACCUUUUCCCUAUUGCUGCUUACUAUACCUGCAUUAAGCCCGAACUACGUUUAAGUACUCGCAUUAACUUUACCAAGUACUUAGGAUUCUCCACUACUAAAGAGGCCAAGUACAAAAAGAUCGCUCGUCUUCUUAACCAUUUCAAUACUGGUGGAGUGUUCACUAGUCGUUCCUUACACCACCACCUGGCCUGGCUAGCCACUUUCAUUGCCGAUAAGAAGGUUCUUCCCGCCGCCAAAAGCCGCCUAAUCCAGCAACUUCAAAUCGACAAAGAAGACUUCCAACUUAUUGCCGACCUAACCAAUACUAAACUCUCCACCGCCAAAAUUGUCUUCCCCCACAACUGGGAUAACUAA